UGUCCUUGUAGUCCUAAUGAUUGUAGAAUUUGUAGAAUUGAAUUAAUAGGAUGUAGAAUGGAAGAUUUGAAGAUUAUAAAAUAUGUUUAUUGCGAUUGAAGUUCUUGGGAAUAUAUAGCAAAUGUAUUUCUAAAUAUUUAUAUUAUUAUUUAAAUAUAUAAUGGAAAAUAUUAAUAUUAAUAUAACAGUUAAAGAUUUUCCCUAUAUAUGCCGAAUAUGCCUAAGUAAACAAAAUUUGAAACCUUUUGAGCAGUCACAAGAUUUAUUAAAAUUGUUUCAGGAUAUUACCAAUAUUAUUCAGAUUGAAUUUGAAAUUCAACUACCGAAAAAUGUUUGUGUGGCUUGCCUCGACCAGCUGCAAAAUAUUUCCUCCUUUAUUAAUCUAUCUAAAAAUAAUGAUACUCAUUUGAAACAGAUCAUCAAUGAAAAUAUUGAAAAUAAACCAAAAAUCUUUGCUGAUGAAGCGAAUUUAGACUGUGAGGAUAUAGAUUCUCAUCAAUGUGCUGAUGAAUUAGAUAGUGAUAUAAAAAUGAAGUCUGAAGAUAAAAUAGAAAACGUAAAAGUUGAAACUCUUUUUGAAUCGAAUCAAAUUAAGCAAGAUAAGAAGAUUAGAAGACAUUCUACAAAAUCACAGUCUUCAAACUGCAGUAUAUGUGGUGAAUAUUUUACAACAAAAAAUAAGCUCCUUGAACAUGAGAGACAGAAUUUUAAUUGCAGAACAAAGAACUUUAAAUGUACACAAUGUGAAAAGGCGUUUUUUACAAAAUUUAAAUUAAAACUUCACAUGAGAUCACAUACAAAAGAGACUCCAUUCGAGUGCAAUAUUUGUUUUAAGAAGUUUAGGCAUUCCUCCAAUUUAAAAAGGCAUGAUGACACGGUGCAUAAAGGUUUAAAACCGUUCAAAUGUGAUGUUUGCGGUAAAGAAUAUUCAAGACUAGCAACAAAAACUGAGCAUAUGUAUAGCCACAGUGGAGAACAUCCAUAUAUUUGUGUGUAUUGUGGAAAAUCGUUUCGAACAUACUCCAACCAUUUUUAUCACGUAUACAGACACAAAGUAAGCAAUGGAGAAAUAACAAAAUCUAAUAAGAAAAGCAUUUCAGAACUAAUCUGUAAAAUUUGUAACAAAAACUUUUCUUCGAAAUCUAGCGUUUUGCAACAUUUACAGUUACAUGGCGAAAAAAAAUUUCUGUGUACUAUUUGUGGUAAGUCGUUUCUACGAAAUCGUCAAUUAGAAGACCAUUCAAAACUACAUACUGGAGAAAAGCCUCACGUAUGCAAGUACUGUGGGAAAAGUUUCCGCCUAAUUAGUGGUUAUAAAAGUCAUAUUUUAAUACAUACAGGAGAAAAACCUUACAAGUGUAAAAUGUGUAAUAAAGGAUUUGUACAGUCUGUUCACUUAAGAAAGCAUCAGAGGGUCCACACAGGAGAAAAACCGUACCAGUGCUCUUUUUGUGGAAAGUGUUUUGCAGAAAAGUGUAAUUUAAAAGUGCACAUUAGAAUCCAUACAGGAGAAACGCCUUACCAUUGCUCCGUUUGUGGGAUGGGCUUCUACGAUUCGAGUAAUAUGAAGAAACACGAAAAAGGACAUUUAAUUAUUAAACAAGAAUAAAUAUAGAAUUCUAUAUAACAAAAUCAUCAGAUCUGAAUUAUUUUUUGUCUCAUUAAAUUUUGAUAAUACAGGAUUAGUUCUAAAGAAAAGAUAUUUUCUCAUCAAUGUGUUUUAAAAUAAGCCCAACAAUAAAAUAGUUUAAAAUUUUUCAGCACAGUUUUUAUUACUUCAAAUAUGAUACAUUUUUUGAUAGUAUGAAUUUUAAAUAAACAAAACACCCUUCGAUCAGAAUGUUAUUCAAAUUAAAUUUAGUUCAAUCUGUGCAGAGAAAUAUUGAAAUUAUUGUGAAAUAAAUAAGUGUAAGUGUUUUAAGUCUUUGUCAUAACUUAAGGGUUCCCGUGAGUCAUUUUAUACCAAAAAGCCUUAGUGAAUCAGGGGUUUAAUACCGCUGCUUUUCAAGAUGCAGGGUGUUGAAUUAAAAAAGGGUCACCACAUUGAAAUAUCUCUUAAGAUGUAUGACGUAUAUUGACGAAACUAGGACUAAUAAUUAUUGUCAUAAGAUACAAUCAGUUCACCGCAUUGGGCACAAAUUUGUCAAUUAGUGGCAGAUGGCAGAGAUACUAUACUCGUGUAUUUUUGAAAAUGGAUAAGUAUAUUUAAUGUCAUUUGUAAGAGAAAAAGGAAAAGCAAUUCAUUUUAGAGUAAUAGUUUUUCUUUUAUUUAAAAUAU